ACCUCCAGCAGCCCUGGCGUCGCCAGGGCACCCGAGGGCAGUAUGUCCCAGCGUUUCGUGGUGACCCCCGCGGCGGGCGGGGUGAAGAGUCCGGACCCUGCAACUACCCCGGAGCCGUCCUUGGUGGAUGCGCUGCCCAUUCUGAACUACGGCCGUGAGCCGAGUCGCUACGCAGGAGAUGGACACUCGAGAGAGAACAGCCCCAUCGUUAACAAUGGCGACAUGGAGAGAGAAAGUUUCUUUGAAGGAAAGAACAUGGCACUUUUUGAGGAGGAAAUGGACAGUAACCCCAUGGUGUCCUCACUCCUCAACAAGCUGGCCAACUACACCAACCUGAGCCAGGGCGUGGUGGAGCAUGAGGAGGAUGAAGAGAGCCGGAGGCGUGAGGUCAAGAGCCCAGGCAUGGGCACCUUCAUCGGCGUCUACCUGCCCUGCCUGCAGAACAUUCUUGGUGUGAUCCUCUUCCUGCGCCUGACGUGGAUUGUGGGCGUGGCCGGCGUCCUGGAGUCCUUCCUCAUCGUGUUCAUGUGUUGCACCUGCACGAUGCUGACUGCCAUCUCGAUGAGUGCCAUUGCCACCAAUGGUGUGGUCCCAGCUGGUGGCUCGUAUUACAUGAUAUCGAGGUCCCUAGGGCCAGAGUUCGGAGGGGCCGUGGGCCUCUGCUUCUACCUGGGAACGACCUUUGCAGGGGCCAUGUAUAUUUUGGGGACCAUUGAGAUUUUCCUGACCUACAUCUCCCCUGGUGCAGCCAUCAUCCACCCCAAGUCGGAGGGCGACGAGGCCAUGGCCCUGCUGAACAACAUGCGAGUGUAUGGGACGUGCACGCUGGCCCUCAUGGCCAUGGUGGUCUUUGUGGGUGUCAAGUACGUCAACAAGCUAGCCCUGGUGUUCCUGGCCUGCGUGGUGCUGUCCAUCCUUGCCAUCUACGCUGGCGUCAUCAAGUCUGCCUUUGACCCGCCAGACAUCCCGGUCUGUCUGCUGGGGAACCGCACGUUAUCGAGACGCAGCUUUGACAUCUGUGCCAAAGUCCACACCACCAACAAUGGCACGGGGACCACCACGCUCUGGGGCCUCUUCUGCAACGGCUCCUCGCCCAGCGCCACCUGCGAUGAGUACUUUGCCCAGAACAACCUCACAGAGAUUCAGGGCAUCCCCGGCGUGGCCAGCGGUGUCCUCCUGGAUAACCUGUGGAGUGCCUACGCAGACAAAGGGGUGUUCGUGGAGAAGAAGGGCACGCCCUCGGCGCCCGUGUCAGAGGAGAGCCGACCCGGCGGUCUGCCCUACGUCCUCACCGACAUCGUGACCUACUUCACCAUGCUGGUUGGCAUCUACUUUCCCUCCGUGACCGGCAUCAUGGCGGGCUCGAACCGGUCGGGGGACCUCAGGGAUGCCCAGAAGUCAAUCCCCACAGGGACUAUCCUGGCCAUUGUGACCACAUCUUUUAUUUACCUCUCCUGCAUCGUGCUCUUCGGGGCCUGCAUCGAAGGCGUGAUCUUACGAGAUAAGUUUGGGGAGGCCCUACAAGGGAACCUGGUCAUCGGCAUGCUAGCCUGGCCGUCCCCCUGGGUCAUCGUCAUCGGCUCCUUCUUCUCCACCUGUGGCGCUGGCCUGCAGAGCCUGACGGGGGCACCGCGCCUGCUGCAGGCCAUCGCCCGAGACGGCAUCAUCCCCUUCCUCCAGGUGUUCGGCCAUGGGAAGGCCAAUGGGGAGCCUACAUGGGCCCUGCUGCUCACUGCCUUCAUCUGUGAGACUGGCAUCCUCAUCGCUUCCCUGGACAGUGUGGCCCCCAUCCUUUCCAUGUUCUUCCUCAUGUGCUACAUGUUUGUGAACCUGGCCUGCGCUGUGCAGACCCUGCUGCGCACCCCCAACUGGCGCCCGCGCUUCAGAUACUACCACUGGACGCUGUCCUUCCUGGGCAUGAGCCUGUGCCUGGCACUGAUGUUCAUCUGCUCCUGGUACUACGCCCUGUUCGCCAUGCUCAUCGCUGGCUGCAUCUACAAGUACAUCGAGUAUCGCGGGGCCGAGAAGGAAUGGGGUGAUGGCAUCAGGGGGCUGUCGCUGAAUGCUGCCCGCUAUGCCCUGCUGCGCGUAGAACAUGGCCCGCCCCACACCAAGAACUGGAGGCCCCAGGUGCUGGUGAUGUUGAACCUGGACUCGGAGCAGUGUGUGAAGCACCCCCGCCUGCUGUCCUUCACCACACAGCUCAAGGCUGGCAAGGGCCUGACCAUCGUGGGCUCUGUGCUGGAGGGGACCUACCUGGACAAGCACACGGAGGCCCAGCAGGCCGAGGAGAACAUCCGGUCCCUGAUGAGCGCCGAGAAGACCAAAGGCUUCUGCCAGCUGGUGGUGUCCUCCAACCUGCGGGAUGGCAUGUCCCACCUGAUCCAGUCGGCUGGCCUUGGGGGCAUGAAACACAACACAGUGCUCAUGGCCUGGCCCGAAUCCUGGAAGGAGGAGGACAACCCCUUCUCCUGGAAGAACUUUGUUGACACCGUCCGUGACACCACGGCAGCACAGCAGGCCCUGCUGGUGGCCAAAAACGUGGACCUGUUUCCACAAAACCAGGAACGCUUCAGCGACGGCCACAUCGACGUGUGGUGGAUCGUGCACGACGGGGGCCUGCUCAUGCUGCUGCCUUUCCUGCUGCGGCAGCACAAGGUGUGGAGGAAGUGCCGGAUGCGCAUCUUCACGGUGGCCCAGGUGGACGACAACAGCAUCCAGAUGAAGAAGGACCUGCAGACAUUCCUGUACCACCUCAGGAUCAGCGCGGAGGUGGAGGUGGUGGAGAUGGUGGAGAACGACAUCUCUGCAUUCACCUAUGAGAAGACGCUGGUCAUGGAGCAGAGGAGCCAAAUGCUGAAGCAGAUGCAGCUGUCCAAGACGGAGCGGGAGAGGGAGGCCCAGCUGAUUCACGACAGGAACACUGCCUCCCACUCUGCGGUGGCUGCCAGGGCCCAAGCCCCGCCCACACCGGACAAGGUGCAGAUGACCUGGACGAAGGAGAAGCUGAUCGCUGAGAAGUAUAAGAACAAAGAUAACAGCGUGUCCGGGUUCAAAGACCUCUUUAGCCUGAAGCCAGAAUGGGGAAACCUAGCGGCUCACGGCACAUUCCUGAGAUCCAUUCUCUAAAUAUCACGGAGGAACUUGAGAUCUGGGUGGGUUGGUCCUGAGCCAGCUCCGCACAACCAGAAGCAUGCGUCUCGGCAGCUGUUAGUUGGUUCAUCCACAUCCCUGGAUCAAGGCGACAGAUAUAAAACCUCAGUUCUGUGGGGACGGAAUUGGCUGUGUUCCCCACACCAGACACCUUUCAGCCCAUAGACGCUGCUGUCCUUUAAUGGCCACGUGCUGUGGAUGUGGAUGAACUUUCUGCAUGGUCAGACCACAGCUCAGUUCCAUGGCCAGGGGUCCAGGGCCGGCUGGCUGGGUGGGAGGGGGCGCUCCCUGAUGCUGCUGUUGGUCCAUCUGUCCAUCCCUCUCUGUCAUUCCCCCUCCUCCUGCCCGGCUGCUCCAGGAACUUUGGGCUGUUUUCUCCUGGGCUGGUGCAGCCUGAGACAGUGUCCACAGUGGAACUCUGGGGACUAGGUGGCUACACUUGCUUUCUUGGCUGCAGACCUGAGUUAAUUCCAUGACAGCGUUGGUCCACCGAGGGAGCAGACCCUGCCACGUGGGCAUGUCAGGGAGGCUGCGCUUCCUGCUGUGUUUUUCUGUAAAUUUACCCCCCCCCCAUAAAGUCUACAAAUUAAAAAACACAAGCACGUGGACACAGACAGGGUGGGGUUUCUCCCUGAACCACCACUGAACCAUGGGCCUGCGGAGAUUCCUGUGCCCACGUGGCACACUUGGGCUCAGGUCAGGGGCUCCACGCACCCAAACCCUGCCGCCUGCACCGAGCAGGGUCAGAGCGGACCCCUGCAGGCCUGGGGACUCAGAAGAAAGCGAACCAGGAAGAGGCCAUUUUGUGGACAGAACUAAGCAUGCAGGUGGACAUUGCUCCCGGUCUUCCUCAGGGUUAGGCUGGGAGAAGCUUCUGGAAGGCGGGAGGUCAGCUUAUACCUGCCGUGUGCGUGCUUUACUGUGAUAUCCCAGGGCACACGCACUUUGCGAUGGUUCGCAGGCCCUCCGGGGUGCAUCGUGCGUGUCUUUUUUCAGUGUUUGCUAGCGCCCCUCCCCGUGUUCCCUCCAGGAACCAGCAUCUCCCUUUUCGACUUGCUGCCCCUGGUACCCUCCACCCCAGACCCUGCCUCCCAGCCUCGGAAACCCUGUGGUGAGAGUCCUCUCCUCUGGCAGUCGGCGUGUUUCUGACACACUUCCGGCUCGUGGACUCCAGGGCAGGCUGCCGGGAGGGGGCAGAGGCGCGCGGUCCUCGUCCCUGCCUCUGGCCCCCCAGCGGGGGCGCGUCGGCCUGGAGCCACGCUGAUUUUAAGAUUAUAUGUGUUUUCCAACUCUUAACCCUGAGAGAUACUGUAAUAUCUCACACACGCAUUUCUAGAAUCGCUGCCAUCCCCACACACACUGGUAAUUUUGGCCUCUCCAGGCACCUAAUUCAUGGUUGUUGCGAUGCGAGGUCCCGGCCGUGCCACGGACAGAGACCCGAUCUCUAAUUUGAUCAGUCGGAGUGGGAGGGAGGAAAUGAAGGGUCUGUGUUCCCGUCUUCCUCCUGGUAAUAAUUGGUGGUUGUGAUUGGGUUUAUUUGGCUGAAGGGUUGAGUUGAUCAAAGGGUGCGGCCUGGGCGUUCGUCCUGCAGGCCUUUUCCUGACCCCUCGUGUGCGGCCCCUGUCUGUCCACCCGUCCCUCUCGUGUCUGAGGCACUGUGACCUCGUAGAAGGGCUGCAGCCGGCCUGCCCAGGCUGCAUUUCUGAGGCCGGCCAUAGAUUCCCUGUGUGUGACCUCAGAAUUGUCCAGCACAGGAAGAUGCAAAUGCUUUGAGGCAAGCGGAGCUCCCAGGACGGCUACUCCUGAGUGCUUCCUGGAGCCCAGUUCCCUAGGGAGAGAGGCCCCACGGUCACCUGGCCGGGGGUCCUCGGGGUCCUGUGGGGUUGCCUGAGUGCCUGGGUGUGCCAGUGGGUAUGGGUCUGCAGUCUCCCUAGUCUUACUUAGCUGGGGACCCUCUCCUGGGGGCCACUGCUGGACCUGGGAAGUGUCAAAGCACAGUGGACCCUCUGUCUACUUGGAGUGUGGAGAACUGGGUAGUCCGUGAGGACUUGGGACACAGGGUCUGGGUCACUGAGCAUUGGAAGCUCUCCUUUAGCAGGAGAGCAGCGUCUGGGAGGCUGAGGGCUGGAUGGACCUUCAUGGUAGCCGCAUCCUCAGCCAGGGUCUAAGGCUUUGUUACAGGACUUAAGACUGCAGUAGGGGUGGAAGCCAGGUGCAGGGGCCUGGUCCCUUCCCCACCACUUCUGGGCUUCGUGGGCCCCACCCCGCCUGUGAGCAAGAGGUUGCCAUGUGUAUAGUUUAGCAGACUCGCCACAGGGUCGUGUUUAAAGCAAGGUUUGGCCACAAGUCCAGGGAUUCCAGUGGGAAACAGUUCGGAGCCCCUGGGUGUGUAAGUGCCUUUCUGGGCCCAGAGAGCAAGCUCGCCCCCAAAGCAUUCGCUUCCGCCUGUGUGGACAACCGCUUAUGAACUAGAAGCUCGGCAGCUUUAGUGAUUCUCAGCCCAAAGCGUUUGGAGGCCAAAGCGCUCUGGUUGCUCAGUACCCCCACCCCUGUUCCCUAAUUCCCAGCACGAUUCUCCUGUGGAAUCACCUCCCGUGGAGCUUUUGGGACUGUGAAUCCACUUGAAUCGAUUCAUUUCUACUCGGCCCUUUCUAACCAGGGUGAAGUAGGGCCGGUCGGGCCUCUGACCCGGCCUGGUGCCCAGUGUCCCAGGCUGGGGCACAGAGUGACCGUCCC